AUGUAUCCGGUAAAGCCCAAUGGGCAACCGAUCGACCCUGAGAGCUACUCGAAUGCCUCCUCCUCGGAGUCGAUGAUCACCGGAAAGCCCUCACCAUGGGACAGUCUACAGAACUCCUUGAGCGUCUUCUGGGUGACGAAGCAGCUGCUGCCGAAGAAUGCAGACAAAGCAAAGGUGAUCACAACGACGCUCAGAGAGCUGCUCACCUACUGCGCCUUCUUGAUGACCAUCACCUACAUCACCUUUUCAAUGAUGAAUCCGACCAUGUACUACCAAACUAAAAUCAUGAGUGACCUGUUUCUUGAAAAGGCCGACAGCAGUGGCGUCUCCUUCAAGACUGCCUCACAGAUGGAUCACUUCUGGAAUUUUGUUGAGGGCCCGCUGGUGGACGGCCUCUACUGGAACAAGUGGUACAACAAUGACACUGCAAAGCAGUCACUGCACUCCAUCCUCUACGAGAACUACCUCCUCGGCAGUCCUCGCAUGCGGCAGAUUCGAGUGCGCAAUGACAGCUGUGAGAUACACAAGGACUUUCAGCGGGCCAUCUUCAGCUGCUACAACACCUACUCGAAGAUCUACGAAGACCGAGAGCGCAUUCACGAGAAGAACGCCAGCGAGUUCGUCUGGCAGGAGAUCAAGUCAUUUGCGAAGAACGACGUCUGGGGCCGUCUGUCCACCUACAGUGGCGAUGGCGGCUACAUCGUCAACCUGACACUGAACAAGACGCGAGCAGUGAAAAAAAUCGCCAUGCUGAAGAACAGCCUUUGGAUUGACCGCGGAACCCGCGCGGUGAUCAUCGACUUUACCACCUACAAUCCCAACAUAAACCUGUACGUUGUGACGAAGCUGGUGGCGGAGUUUCCUGCCACCGGUGGCAUGUUCACCAGUUGGCAGUUCCGCACGCUGAACCUGUUGGAAAACUCCUCCGAUGCGCCCAUCGCCCUCUACAUCUGCUUCUUUCUCUUCAUUCUCUUCAUCAUUCACUACACCAUUGAAGAGCUGAUUGAGAUCAAGACGCUCGGCUUUGUGCCCUACCUGCAGAUUAGCGGCUGGAACUACCUCGACCUGGUGACCAUUCUCAUCUCAGUGGCGCUGGUCUUCUUUCUCUUCUACCGCAAGUACGUCAUCACCAAGAUCUUCAGCGAGGCCUCGCAGUCGGGUGAGAUCAGUGAGUACGGCGCCGUUCAGCCCUCAUCGGGCAACAGUUCAGUGUCGCUGCAAAUUGAGACGUACCAGUUUGACACGCUCGGAUUCUGGUCGGCACAGUUCAGCAAUGUCCUCGCAGUGCUCUCAUUCGUCGCCUGGGUGAAGAUCUUCAAGUACAUCAGCUUCAACAAGACCAUGUCGCAGCUUAGCUCCACUUUGAGCAGGUGCGCCAAAGACAUUGCUGGAUUCGGUGUCAUGUUCUUCAUCGUCUUCUUCGCCUUUGCCCAGUUGGGCUAUUUGCUGUUUGGCACCCAAGUCAAGGACUACAGCUCCUUUGGCAAGGCUGUAUUUACACUUCUUCGAUUGAUUCUCGGCGACUUUGACUUUCAGGCUUUAGAAUCAGCUAAUCGAGUGCUUGGACCGAUCUUCUUUCUCAGCUACAUUUUCUUUGUAUUCUUCGUGCUGAUGAACAUGUUCCUUGCCAUCAUCAAUGACACCUAUGCGGAAGUAAAGUCAGAGUUGUCUAAUGAAACUGAUGAUUUCGCCGUGAUGGACUACUUCAAGGGUAUCUCCAACCAGCUGCUGACAAAACUGGGCGCGCAGAAGGAACAGAUUGAGGGCAUUCAAGCGGCUAUAAAGGAAUCUGGUUUUGAUGGUAGCCGCCGUCUCAGCUUUGCAACCGUCCGCCAAGAGCUGAAGAAGCGGAACUUGAGCGAUCUUGAAAUUGAAAUGCUCUUUGCAAAGUACGACAUUGACCAGAACCGAGAACUUGAUGAGCAGGAGUUGCAGGCAAUGUUCAGCGAUCUCGAGGGGAAGAAGAACCAAAUUGAGAAGGAAAUGGAGGAGAACAAGCAGAAAAAGCCAGACGUGGAGGUGCCUAGUGGAGGUGGCAAUGCAAUGAUGCGACAUGCCCUUCCGGGCAUUGACUUUAGCAAGAUGGCACGUCGUGUAGAUAGACUGGAGUAUAUUCUCUCCACAAUCAGCACCAAAAUCGACAAUGCCCUGGCUGGCAAACUAGUUGGCAAUGUAGCGGGAAAUUAA